CAUUAAGGCACGGGAGGUAACCCUCACCGCCCCAGCCCUAAGCCUGCCCCCUAACCAAAACGCGCUCCUGCCUCUCUCACACUCAGCCAGUCCGAGUUCCUCUCAUCGAGCUCGUGCUCCUCCGUCACUUCCGUCCAGCCACCGCCUGCUACCGCCGCCGACGCAAUUGCGAACUUGGAAGCCACCGUCGCGGCGUCGCAUCUUCCUUCCCCUCCGUUGCGCAGCAACCGUCGCAACUUCCUUCCCCUCCAUUGCGCACCACCGUCGGAACGUCGAAGCCUCCGUCCCGCAGUCGUCCCGCCGACGCCAACUCUGUUCCGCCUUCAGCCUUCGAUCGUGCUCCACUGCUCCCUGUCCCCCUCUUGCACCAGCUCUGCCCUGUUCUGCGCUCCCUCAGUCCCUGUUAAUCUGGGAACUGAGGAGGUGGAAAAUGGAGAAUGAGUUGAAAGAGCAAAACAAUAAGAAGAACGACGAUGGCGCGAACAAGAAGAGCUCCGUAGUGAUCAAGAUACCUUCCUACGAAGAAGUUCUCCAAAGCUCGCAACAAAAAUCAACUCCACCUUCACUCUUCCUUCCCUCGCAAACAUUCUCCCAAACCUUUUCUUUCGUCAAAUCCUCUGAGUUCUACGCUCCUCCGCCUCCUACCACCAACACCGCCACCACCAUCACCGCUGCUUCUUCUUCAAUUUCAAGGGAAAGUUCUCAAUUGAACCCUCCAUCUUCAACUUCGACGUCUUCUGCUGCUGCAGCUUCGUCUCAAGUCGCUCAAAGUCGCAAUGCCAUCCUUGUUAGCCACAGACAGAAAGGAAAUCCGUUGCUUAAACACAUUAGGAAUGUUAGAUGGACCUUUGCUGAUAUUGUUUGUGACUACUUGCUUGGUCAAAGCUCAUGUGCACUCUAUAUCAGUCUCCGGUAUCAUUUGCUGCAUCCAGACUAUUUAUAUUAUAGAAUAAGGGAGUUACAGAAGAAUUUCAAGCUUCGAGUAGUCUUAUGCCAUGUUGAUGUGGAGGAUGUAAUGAAGCCUCUUCUUGAAGUUACCAAAACAGCUCUGCUUCAUGACUGCACUCUUCUAUGUGGAUGGAGCUUGGAGGAAUGUGGCCGUUACUUGGAGACCAUAAAAGUAUAUGAAAACAAGCCUGCAGACAUUAUUCAAGGCCAAAUGGAUACAGACUAUCUGUCACGGCUAACACACGCCCUUACAACUGUCCGACAUGUUAACAAGACUGAUGUAGUUACCCUUGGUACCACAUUUGGGUCUUUGUCUCACAUUAUGGGUGCAUCUAUGGAAGAUCUAGCUCGCUGCCCUGGCAUAGGUGAGCGCAAGGUCAAGCGCUUGUUUGACACGUUUCAUGAACCCUUCAAGCGAUUGGAAUCCAGCAGGCAAGUCAUUCCAGAGACGUCUGUCCAGGAUAAGACAGCUAGUCCUGAUGUAUCAGCUAACAAUGAUGCUGAACCUUGCUCCUUGAAUGAAGACAAGCAAAAGGACGCUGAAGAUGUGAACAAACGCAAGGAGAAAGAACCUGAACUUACUGUCAAAUCUGCCCUCUCUGAAGCCUUUGCCAAAUAUUCUAACAGAAUUGGCAAGAGGAAUAAGACUUCACAAGUAGAGGAGAAAGUAGAAUCAGGUGGCACUAGGAAAAUAAUUUCUAUUUUAUGUUAUGAGAAUGUCUUCCAGGACAUUUCACUCCUCGAGAUCCUGGUUCUCUCUGCAUUGAAAAUACUCUUUAGGUGCCAAUGCUGUAACUUGAGCUGUCCCAGAAAGAAACUAGAUUCAUUUGCCCUCCUUGUGGCUCCAUUCUUGUUGGAAGACUUUUGUCGACGGAGCAAGAAUAGGACAAAAAAAAUGGUGAGAAGUACGGUAACUGUGGUGGCCGCUGCAAUGGCUAUGAGAAUGGUUUUGGAGGGGAGAUGAGCAUGGCUAUGCUCAUGAUUUUCUGAAUGCAAUUGGUGCUGUGUGUAUGACUGGCUCUUUGUGUCAACACUUGGGAUAGUAGUAGUAGUAUUAACAUCCAUGAGAGAUCAAGAAAACUAAGAAUACAAAGAAAAACACUGAUAUAAACGGCUUCUUGUUUGAGGGGAAAAGGAGGUUUUAAUGAGAAGCAAGAGAGGGUCAAGGAGAGGGGUUUUUGUUUAAAGAAGACUAAUAGGGGGUGCAAGUUAGUAUUUGCUAGUUUUGAGCUUCCUUUCCUACGAGGGCAGGUCAUCAUCUC